AUGGCGAUGGAAGGGAGGGAGGGCGGGGAAGAGGACGAGGAGGCGGUUAUCAACAAUAUGGACAAGAUCAAGGAGCGCUUCACCAUUCUCGGCCAGAAGAUCGAGGCUGCCGAGUCACGCGCAGAGACCGCCGAGGGAGAAAACAAGAAGCUUAAUCAGGUUCUGCUCGAGCGCGAACAAGAGAUCGCCUCGCUGCAGCACAAGCUCCAGCUCUCCGAGACGGGCCUUGAGAAUGCCGAAAACCAAAUCAAGGAGCUCAAGACGGCGAGCGCGGAGGGAGAGUCGCACAAGACUACAGGGGAGAACCUGACACGCAAGGUGCAGCUUCUGGAGGAAGAGCUGGAUAAAGCCGAGAAGGACUUGAAGGAGACGACUGAGAAGCUGCGACAGGUGGACGUCAAGGCGGAGCACUUUGAGAGGCAGGUCUCGCGGGUCGAGCAGGAGCGGGAUGAGUGGGAGCGGAAGCACGGGGAAGCAGUCGAGAAGUACCAGCAAUCCAAGCGCGAGUUGGACGAGGUCGUGGCCCAGAUGGAGAGCUUGGUGAGUCCUCUUACAUCCAACAAGAGCCAGCGCGACACAGUCAGCUGA